AUGCAGGGAAAGCUCCGGAUCGGCGAGAGCACAUGUUAUGCCGAAAAGAUUCCAUGUCUGUCGGUCUGUUGUUGUAUAAUGCAUCCAUCGCGCAAACUGCAUGGCGUCAAUUACCCUCGCUCAUUCGUUCCCUCGUUCGCAAUUCGGGAGGCGUUUUUCACCACCGUUCCAUUGCAGUUGGUUGAUAUAGACACAAGGACUACGACAUACGCCCGGUCAAGCAAGAAGUGCUUCUGCCUCCAGAUUUCGACUUAUCAUGCCCCAGACUGA